CCAGCUUUCAUGAACACAUACUACAUGAUCAUGGAACCUUUAAUGCCUGAAAGUAUCAUAUUGGUAAGAUUAGCAUAAUCUUAAAUGGGUCACUGCCCAAAGGCUCAUGGCAUGAGGGAGGAGGAUUCAUCACUAAGUUGCAUGCCAAGCUCAGGAGCUCUUAGACUCAGAGAGGGGGCCCUGUAGCUCUGUGGAGUUGUGGCUUUUGAGAACUGAAGAGAGCAGGAAGAUGAUGGUGUCUUAGCUUUAUCUGAACCCCCUUUAUUCCAAGUUGCCUCUUUCCCUCAAGCCUGUCUUCAGACUUUUGCUGCUGACUCCAAACUUUAGUUGCAGGACUCAUCCUUCGACUCAUCAUGUCAUAUGCUCCAGUUGGUGUCACCUCCAUCAGCAAUGCAGAUGGGAGUUGUUCUGCUUGAGGUGGAUGAUUUGGAGCUCACAGUAGGUGGGAUUGUUGUGCGAGAACAAUUAGAUGGAUGCAUGACUGUGUCUUUCUUUCUUCCAACCAGUGAACUCUUAAGCCACCACAAUAACAUGAUUUGAGAGAGAAAAGUAAAGAUCAUCACUGUGAAGGAAGGCAGAGAAAGCUUAGAUCCAAGUGUUUGAUGAUUUGACUUUGUGGAGUAGAAUGAAGUGUCAAUCGGCACCACCAACCCUCAACAACGAUUAUUAGGCAUUGAUAUUAUUGGCAUCCCACAGCACCUCUCCUCAGUCAACCAUCCAUCACCUCUCCCACUCAGAUCACACCACCAUUGCAGAGAAAACAAAGCAAAUGACAGGUGAAGGGGCCAUUGCAUGACGAAAAGAGAGAAAGAGGUUGACAAAAGCAAAUGAGCCGUCUCUCUUCCCUCUUCAAUGCUUUGCUUUGCAAUCAACAAUGUUUGAUUCCUUCAUCACGCCUCAAAACCCACCCUUCCAGCUGAAGUAGAGCUCUCUCUCUCUCUCGAGUUCCAAAUAUAAUUCCAACCCUCUCUGUCCUGCGAUCACAGUUCUUCAUGGCGUUCACCGAAGACCAGCAAACUUGGGUUCCACAUGUGCCGACGACGGACUGCUCCAUGGGCUUGUGUAGCUUCUACUGCCCCCAGUGGUGCUAUGUCAUUUUCCCACCACCUCCCCCUGUCGAAUUCUCCGGCGACGACUCCGGCCCCACCUUCUCCCCGCUCGUGAUCUCCAUCAUCGGCGUCCUCGCGGGCGCUUUCCUCCUCGUCUGCUACUACACCAUCGUCUCCAGAUACUGCGGCACCUUUGACUCGCUGCGACGCUGGAUCGAUCCUCCGGGCGCGGACAACCGCGAUUACGGUGACGGUAGCGUCGGCCACUCUCGCCGACGUGAUGCUUGGCAUACCUCCCCGAAGGACGGGCUCGACGAGGCCUUGAUCAGUAAGAUUGCGGUCUACAAGUAUCGGAGAGGCGAUGAUACGGUGCAGGGCACGGAUUGCUCCGUCUGCCUCAGCGAGUUCCGGGAGGAUGACAGCCUCCGGUUGCUCCCCAAGUGCAGCCACGCCUUUCACCUCCGGUGCAUCGACACUUGGCUGAGAUCGCACUCCAAUUGCCCUCUCUGCCGAGCCGAUAUCGUGUCGGUGCCGCCUCAGUUGCCGGCUGCUCCAGAGUCGGAGAACAGCGUUCGGGCCGAAGACACGGAACGCACCAUUGAGAUGGUUCUAACCAUAGAGGACGAGGAGACGCAACUUGCUGGAAGCAGUGCGGACGCAGCGACUGAUCCUCCACAGAUCUACUGUGAUCCGGUAGCGGUGGAGGAGGCCGACACCAUAGUUGAGAUCGGUGAUGACGAUACCCAACUAACGAGGCGAUCGUUCUCCAUGGACGCUGCGCGUGGCAGCCGGGUCUCGAUCGCCGACGUCCUGCGAACGAGCAUGGAGGACGAACUGUUCGUUGUCAGUGGCAGCUCGUCGAGGCGAGCUGCAGGCGAGCACAGUAAGGUAAGGGGCUUGCAUUGUGCCCUGAACCCAGUCCUGAUGAAGAGGUCGAUCUCCAACGGGAGGUUACGCUUAACGAGGCACGGAAAGCGAAGGAAUGGCAUUUCAGUACAAGAAUCUCCUGAAUAGGAUGCAUUCAUGCAAGACGAGCGCUCCUCUGCGGAAGCAGGGAAGGAGCAGCAGAAGAGCUUCUUCUUUGGCCAAGAGUUGGGGCAACAGCUUCCUGACUGCUCUGUGAGGCUUGUGCCUCCAUUUGUUCUCCUUUUCUUUCUCGUGCUUCUUCUGCUUGACACUGACCAUAAGCUUGUGUACAGAUUCAUGUUUUCAUGUUUGAUCUUGUUCCUUAUCGACUCCCUCUGCAACCAAGUAGGUAAUGUGAAGAAGAAGCGAGCUGUUCCUUUGCUUUCUAA